GUGUGUGUGUGUGUGUGUGUGUGUGUGUGUGUUUGUCGUGAUCUAAAGCACGCUUUUACUCAAUCCUAUACUGUAAGCUGCAUGUCAGGAGUUCCGCCCUUUGCACAGAUGUUCCAGCUGUAGAGCUAAAAGCGUGAAUGUGUUGUGACUGUGCAGUAUCUGCUCCACAUCUGGAGUCACACAUCUGUGUGUGAGAAUUAUUUGCAGGAAUUUUCUAAUGAGUGCUGUAAUGCCUCUCUGUGUAAGUACAGUACAGUAGUAGCUACAGUGCCGCAUGCGUGUAAGUGAAACCAUAUGCCACGGGGACGAGCUCUGGACAGCGUGUUGUAUGGAUGAGAGAAGCAUUCUGCCGGUUCAACCUGUGUCUAAUUACCAUGACGCAUACAGUAUUCACAGACGCGGGAUUUUUAUGACGUAAGGUAAAUACCGGAGCGUGUUAAAAGAUGAGCUCAUGCAGCAGCAGGGCUCUCACUCUGCUCUCCACCGUGUUUGGGGCGUGCGGACUGCUGUUGGUUGGGGUUGCCGUGGCAACCGAUUAUUGGCUGCUAAUGGAGGAGGGCAUCGUGCUGCAGCAGAACCAAACCAUCGACGUCAAGAUGGCAUUGCACUCUGGCCUCUGGAGGGUGUGCUUCAUAGCAGGUUCAGAGAAAGGAAAAUGUGUGGCCUCUGAGUAUUUCACUGAGCCAGAGAUAGAGAUCACAACAGAAAACACGGCAAAUAUUCUCAAAAUGGUGCGGACAGCUACGCCUUUCCCCAUGGUGUCUUUGCUCUUUGUGUUCACUGCCUUCAUCCUUAGCAACGUGGGCCAUAUUCGCCCACAGCGCACCAUCUUGGCAUUUGUUUCCGGAAUCUUCUUCAUCCUGUCAGGUCUAAGUCUGGUGGUGGGAUUGGUGCUCUAUAUUUCCAGUAUAAACGAUGAGGUGAUGAACAGGCCUAGAGAACCGGAGCACUUCUUUAACUAUCAUUAUGGCUGGUCCUUUGCGUUUGCUGCCAGCUCCUUCCUCCUCAAAGAGGGUGCAGGUGUGAUGUCUGUGUAUCUCUUCAUGAAGCGUUACACUGAAGAGGAGAUGUAUCGGCCUCACCCAGCACUCUACCGCCCCCGUCUGUCUGAGAGCAGUGACUACAGUGGUCAAUUCCUGCAGCCUGACACGUGGCCGCCUCACCAACGUGCUCGCAGUGCCUCUGAGCUCUCCAGUGAUGUGUCCAUUCAGCUAGCACAGGCCCAGCAGCCUCCAGCCAAACUCAUCGCCCAGCACAGUGUAUCAGCACCUAGCGCCACAGCUGCCUCCAGCCCCGAGUCUGCAGUUGCAUUCCAGCUUCAGUCACCCUCACACUUUAGCCACAACCACCCUCUCCACCCCACAGAGUCCCAGAGCUUGCCCCUGUCCAUGCCACCACCUGCCGUGCCACCCCCUCAUUACCACACACACAUGCGCAUGAGCGCCUCGCCAUGUUAGAGGCAUUUCCAUCCACCUGUAUUUCUACAAAUUUUUAAUUUAAGCAUAAAUUGAAACAAAACACUGAUUUGCAUUUUUUGUAUUUUUUUUUUUUUUUUUUUUGCUGAUUUUUUGAAUAUUUGCUUAACAUUUGAGAGACAUUUGGAUGGAAACAGACCUAAAGAGAGCGAGAGAGAGAGAGAGAGAGAGAGAGAGAGAGAUUAUCUACAGUGUGUUAUGGUUUGAAAGAGUGUAAAAGAGCAAACCUGAUCUUGAGAGUAGUGUGAAAUAAGCUAGGUUAUGAGUUAUCUUAACAAAAAUGUUAAGAUAUGAACAUUGUAAUGGAAUAGUAACCAUUUCGUUACAUGGUGUUAUACAGGGAGAUUUAUUGCACAAGCAAUGUACAAUGCAAAACACUUCCAUUAUAACACACAUUGUUGUAUACUUACAUAUGUAGUGCACAAAGACAGUAAUUAUUGCCUUCAGUUUUACUAGUGAUAUUGAAAAUGUAUUAUUUUCAUCACUCUCUCAAAGUAUCAGUAUUAGUGUUAUUAUCAUGAAGACAUAUUUAAGCUUACUUGUUGCCAGGGAAAAUAUGUAAAAUAGGUAUAUUAUUUCUACUUUGAAUAUGAGAUAUUCCAGACUGAUGAUUUUUAUGAUGUAAAUAAUAUGUGUAGUUUUAACUGGUAUGGGAAAAUAUUAAGACCUGCACAACUGAGUGGGGAACUGUUAUAUACAUUGAAAAUUAAACUGACUGGAAAAACAACUUUGCUUAAAGUCCCAGAAAGGGCUUUUUGAGUAUUGGUUCUUUUGCUAGCUUUUCAAGUUGCAGUAUGUAAUUUCCCCCCUAUUUUAGUGCAUAUUAGUAGUGGAAGCCAUCUUACAUUCAAAUGGAUUUUAUCAUUUUUGUCCCUUAAUAGGUAUCUCAUUCUAAUGCAUCGGUAUUUGUGCACUUUAGCUUAAAAUCCUUUUGGGACUUUAAGAGUAGGGUUAUACUGCAAGUAUGCUGUUGCUUAUCAUGUGAAAGAGAUCCAGUAUUGAUUAUAACAUUUGUGGGCGUGAUGGUGGUUAUCAUUAGAAUAAAACCACUAUGUUGAUUCUGCAUAAUUAUUGUUGUUUUAUUUGUAAUGGAGUCUUGUGUUUUUUUUGUUAACUAAUGACAUCAUAUAAUAGAUUCCCAUAUGCAUUAAUAAUACAUUUUAAAGCAGCAGUAAGUAACUUUUGGGAAUUUAGGGAUUUGAAGACACUUGGUGGAAAUGUCAAUAGCUGCUCACCCAGUGCGAAUGGCAAUUCAUUAGACCUUCAGGGCACAUUCAAAUAUUCAAGAUGUUAAUUGUAGAAUUAAAUGUCUUCUGAAGAUGUAAUCAUCUGAUUCCAUUUUCAUAAUUUACUCAGUAAUACAUUAAUUAUUAUGACAAUUAAAAUCUUCAUCGAUGUGACUGUCACAGUUACUAUGAAAUAAGUGAAAGAAAGUCAAUCCAACAGCUCACUCCAGUAAACCUAAGCAGUAAUCUAUGUAACACACUGUAACUGCAGCAGUUUAUUAAAGAGAAAGAAGGUAGCACUCAAAGUCUGAUACUCCUAAAGAUUGCUAUACAAGUCAGCGAAAAUAACAAACGAGGCAAAAAAUCAAAAGGUCCACAAUAGUCAAUUCGCCCUCAGUGGAAAGAGCAACAAAGCAAGAGAGCAAACAGUAGUAGCCAGUAAACAUUAGCAAGCUAGUUAAAAAAUAAUGUGGUGAACAUAUACUGGAAAACUCACAACUAGCUGUGAAGGACCAAACUCUAGACAAACACAACAAAAGCUGUUAAGGAACUAGCCAGCUGAUCUUCAUUAAUCACCUAAAACAAUGCUCCAAAUUUCAAUAUGUUUCAAUAAGUUGUUUGGCUGUAAUUUCAGUGAGAGUGUAUCUACAGUCAUGUGAAACAAUAAGUA